AUGUCACGGAGUGAAGUACGCGAUAUACCAUUUGCAUCUGCCAAGGUUGUCCAAAGAAGUGACUCUGGAAAAUGGGUUUUGAUAAACUCAGUCCCAUGCGAUCCCGAUGGCGAUGUCAAUUUACAAAUGCAAGAUGCGAGAGAGCUGGCGAGAAAGCUUUCUAAUACAGAUCCAUUAGACCUAUGUGUACUUCAGUGUCAAGGUGUAAUUCGGGCCAUAAAACUCGGCAAUAGGAAGCCAUCUUCUUUUGAGUUUAUCUUCCGAAUCCCUCAAGAGCUCAGUGAUGAGCCCAAAAGUCUUCGCGAUUAUCUCUCAUCACAGAUCAGCCAUACUCUUACGGACCGAUUCAGAAUUGCAAACCAGUUAGUCAAGUCUAUCAGCUAUAUGCACACUCUUGGAUUCGUACACAAGACCAUCCGCCCUGAUACUAUCCUUGAAUUCCAAGACAAAAACUCGGUCCUUGACUCAAUUUUCCUGGUAGGUUCUCAAAACUUUCGCAUGGCCGAUGGUUGA